AAUCAGUCAACCUAGCAAAUAUACCUGUCAAUGAAUGUCACUUAAGCAGUUGACGGAUUGACUUUGGUAAACUGUUAGUCUUACUUAACAGCAUUCCUGUUUUGACAGUUUCUUAUUCUCUAAUUUUAUUUCGAAAGCUGUCAGCCAUAGACCUUGUCAGAAGUAUUUGAUGAAAAUGUUGCUCGAUCAUGUUUGCAUUUUGUCUCUGAUGUACAUUUAUUAUUUUUUUAAAAAAGUUCUAUCUGUAUUCCGAAAAGCCCUUUUGGGACGAAUAAAGUAUGUAUGUAUGUUGUCCUAAGUCUACAGAGCGAAAAUGAUUACGAACAAAAUUAACGCUGUUUUUGUUUUUUCUUUCUUGUUGCCAGCUCAUCUUUAAAGACGUCAUGUUACUUCAAUUUGUGAAUGUGUUCCUUCAAGCGCUGGUCUACAGAUCACAUGACUUGCUACAAGAAGAGAUCACCAUCACACUGUACAAUAUGGCGGCUGUUGAUUUUGACUCGUUCUACUCCGCGUUCCUACCUCGGUUUCUUGGAGGCUGUGAAGGACUCACAGAGUCACAGAAAUCUGAGCUAGGAAAGAACUUCACCCCUGACAAGGACUUGCCAUCUUUUACACAGAGUAUUCACCGGUUUGUAGGAGAUUUACGGUACUACAGACUGUGUAACAGCAGCUUGCCCUCGGGGACUGUCAAGUUUUAAUAGACAACUCUUAUUUAAACGACGGCGAAACAUAUAAUUUAUACUCGUGUAAUCACACUGGUUUAGUUAUACUCUUGUAAUUUAUACGUUAUUAUCUAUAAACUGUGUAAUAUAUACUUGGGUAGUUAUACUCGUAUAAUUUAUACUUGUUUAUUUACCGUUCCAAAACUGUGAGCAAAAGGAGACCAAAAAAGUUACAUGUUAAGAGAUGUUGGAAAUAUUGUAUAUUUUUAUAUUUACAAGAGUACCAGUGUAAUUUGUAAAGAAAUAUUAAAAUUAAGCAUUUUU